CACCCCAAAAUGUUCCCCUUUUUUAUUUAAUUCCAACGAGAGUCCGUCCUUGGACCCCUGCCCUGUUUCUACCCUGCUGUGACCUUCGAAACAAGCGUGUAAUUACGACGGAAGGGGAAUAGGAUAGGACAAGCGACCCUUCACCGCGCCUCACCUCGCCUCAAUCUCCCUCUCGCCCAGUGACCUCCUUGUUUCCUACCCCUUAUCUACCACCAUCAACAAUUCGGUCUCAUUAGCAUCGACAAUAGUAGACAUACCGUCGUUCAUUUCCCCCUCCUCUUCAUUCCUUCUUCCACCGCCGAGAGAGAGAUAGUCUUUUUCUUCUCUUUUUUCCCGCCUACCUCUCCGGCAUUUCGCUCUUUUUAUAGAUUUGAUUUUUGCGGCUUGUUGGCGAGCGUAGCAUCCCGUAGCUCCAAACCACCCGUCCUAUCGCGCUAACCGCCUCCCUACCACCUCGACAACGACGACCACCACGAACGAGAAAAGGGACAAACAGGCCUUUACUCUGCGACCGGGGGAAGAAACCUAGCUAUAUCCUAUUCCUAAGGAAACAAGAAAUAAAAGCAGCAAGAUGCGAUUCUCGACGCUCCUCACGGCGGCCGUAGCUACGGGCUCGGCGGCGGCGGCGAGCGGCCGUAUGGGGUUCGCGCUGGGCAACAAGCGGUCCGACGCGUCGUGCAAGGAGGCCAGCGACUACGUUGCCGAUUUCGCCGCCAUCGCCAAGGAGACCACCGCUCGCAUCGUCCGCAUCUACGCCGCCUCCGACUGCGACGUCGCGAAGCUCAUCCUGCCCAUCGCCAAGCAGGCCGGCUUCCAGGUCGUCCUGGGCAUCUGGCCCGAUACGGACGAGUCGUUCAAGUCGGACAAGGCGGCGGUGGUCGAGUACGCGCCCAAGUUCAAGGACCAGGUGUACGCGAUCACGGUGGGGUCGGAGGCGAUGUACCGGGGCAACUUCACGGGCGAGCAGCUGGCGGCGAAGAUCCGGGACGUGAAGUCGGCGGUGGGCUCGGGGUUCAAGGUGGGGACGGCGGACUCGUGGAACAAGUACGCGGACGGGACGGCGGACGCGAUCGUGGGCGCGGCCGACAUCCUGCUGUGCAACGCGUUCUCGUACUGGCAGGGGCAGACGCUGGCGAACGCGACGGGCAGCUUCUACGACGACAUCUUCCAGGUUUUCGGGCGCAUCCAGGAGCGCGCCGGCGGCACCGACCGCGUCGAGCUCUGGGUCGGCGAGACCGGCUGGCCCACCGACGGCGACAUCUACCAGCGCGCCCAGCCCGGCGUCACCGAGGCCGACACCUUCUACCACCGCGCCGUCUGCGGCAUGGUCGACUGGGGCUUCAACGUCUUCUACUUCGAGGCCUUCGACGAGGAGUGGAAGCCCCACGCCGUCGGCGAGGACGGCUCCAUCGCCGACGAGACCUCCUGGGGCGCCAUGACCACCGACCGCAAGCCCAAGUACAGCCUCAAGUGCUAGACGUCUCUUGACCGUCUCACUACUGCUUUUAUUUUCGUUUUCGGAAGGGAGGCAGAGUUGCGUUUUUUCUUCUGGACCUGCCCACUCCGGUGUCUCUAGGGUGGAUGAAGUAGUGAGUGGAUGAGAGAGGCUUGAGGAGAAAGGGAGGAGUGUAUCUUGAGGGUAAUAUAGAUGGCCAUGUUUAUAUCCACGUCACAUACUACUACCAUCACCUAUACCAUCACUACCACCAUUUCUCUUGUUUGGUGAAUUUCACGUGUGAUAACUGUUAUAAGAUCUGCAUGCGACGCACAAUUUGUAGACAGCAUCUCGAAACCCGGGCAUACGAUUCCCAGCGUUGCAACAGGGUCGCUACUGACAAUAGUCAUUUGCAACAAGAAAACUGCCAGAAAGGGGAAGGGACU